GCGAUAGUUUGUAUUGAAACGGAAACAAUUACGUCUACAUGGCAGUAACAUAGACAAAAAAUGGAUGAUAUUUGGACAUUAAUUUUGCUCUCGUUAGCCAUGCUAAUUGGCUGCUAUUUGUCAGGGAUGAUUCCACUGGCAAUAAACUUUUCUGAGGACAAGCUAAAGCUGGUGACAGUGCUGGGGGCUGGGUUACUUGUGGGGACUGCCCUGGCUGUCAUUAUCCCAGAAGGAAUACAUGCAAUGUCCAUGGCUACGGAACAGGAGCACAUGGAACACAAGGCAGUGAGCCACCCGCACAAGGAGCCAGCAGGUGUUGGGACGGAGACUGAGCAUGACCAUGACCAUGAUCAUGCCAUGCUGGAUGACCACUCUCUCAUCGGAGUCACCCUUGUGUCUGGAUUCAUCUUUAUGCUCCUUAUCGACCAAAUUGGCGGGGGUGGCCAUCAUAUACACGCACCAACAGACACCGAGGUGGGAGGAGUACCAACCCUGGGUCAACAGAAUCGGCACAAGAUCACCGCCACACUUGGCCUCGUUGUUCACGCUGCUGCUGAUGGUAUAGCGAUGGGGGCUGCAGUGUCCAUGUCCACAGCCCAUCUUACCCUCAUUGUGUUUGUCGCCAUCAUGCUGCACAAGGCCCCUGCCGCAUUUGGUCUUGUCUCCUUCCUGCUCCAUGAAGGGUUUGAUAGACCAAGGAUCCGGCGACACCUGCUCAUUUUUGCCGCAGCUGCUCCUAUUGGUGCCAUUGUGACUUACAUGUGCUUGAAUCAGAAAAGUCUGGCAUCUUUAAAUGACAUGCACACCACGGGAAUAGCCAUGUUGUUUAGUGCGGGCACAUUCCUAUACGUGGCCACAGUCCAUGUUUUACCUGAAAUCGCAAAUCGACAGACAAAACAGACGUUACAGGAUGGUUCGAUUGUUAUACAUGAACAUAAAGGAUUUACAAAACUAGAUCUGGUUGCGUUAGUGACUGGCGCGGUAGUUCCCGUCAUUUUAAGUAUAGGUCAUAAACACUGAGGCCAAGUUUGAUGCUCAUAAUUGUUAAUAUAUAUAUAUAUAAGUUAUGUUUUGCAUUUAAUAGGAAUAAUUUUAAAUACUUACAUGAAGUAAAGCAGUCCCAUGAUUCUUAACAGGAAAUGCCCUUAAAAAUGAACCUCAUCUAGCAAAAAUAGAUCUUACAGCUAAUUACCAGUCUAGCAUUUACAGUAUCCCAAAUAUGUUUUACUCAAAUCAUCAGAAGUUAUGAUUACAGUACCCAUGACCAUUAGUGAAUGUCCACAUUUGAACCCAAAUUGGUAUCAUCCAACAAAGCAGACGUAAUAGGAUCACUGAGAUGUGAUAUAAAAACAAAGAGGAUAUACGCGCCAUGGUUGGUGAUUUCUAUUUCAGACCCAGAAAACUAUGUUGUCAUGUUUUUGCUUGUUAGGGUUCUAAGAGCUAUUUCCGUUUGUCUUGUACUUAUUAAGAUAGAUUUUGUGUUGAGUAUAUAUAAUUGUAGUCAUUAUGUCAGAAAUGUAGUCUAAAAAAUAAGCAGAAGCCAACUUUAUGUUGAUAGUAAUGACCAAUUACAGUCAUGUUUUCCACACAGUUUUUUUGUUUUUAAUAUUUCGACUCUGUGUGUGUCUUUCAUUGAACAACUAUUUUGCAGACUGUAAUCAGGCUUUUUGGAUUGGAAAUGCUCAUGCCUAUAAUUAUAUCAGACAGGUUUAUCAAAUGAGGGUGGUAGAUAUUAUAUUCUCUAUCACAUCAGGGUGGUAGGAAUUAUAAUGGCCAGCACAUGAGGGUGGUAGAUAAUAUAUUUUACUAGAUCAUUGUCAUCAAAUGUAAUUUGUGGAAGACCUUAAUCAUGUCUCAUUCUAUAAGAAAUAAUGUGUCAAUCUUCUGUGUUUUGAACUUAGUACAAUGUCCUAUGUUUAACAAUCAGAUGGUUGUUCUGGAUGCUUGCUCUAUAUGUAACUUGUUCAGUUGGUAAAUAUAGAUACUUGUUAUUCUGGCAAGGGUCGGAUGGGGGUAUUCGAAAAUGCUAGGUGCUAUUUCCUUCAAUAGUAGAGCACAAAAGGAACUAGAUCCCUUCUAGGAUUCUUGUUAUAAUGACUCCUAGAUCCUUUAUCACAGAAAAACCCAAUUUCAAAUUGACAGCAGCCAGUGAUUUCGCCGAGAAUUGAUGUGCCUUCACAAUGUAGAUAAAAUAUAAAAAUUGAAUAUAUAUUAUGAACGUGUAUAAAUAAUAUAAAUAUUUGUUCAAUGCAUUUUCUUAUUAUGUUUUGAACUUGAAAUCAUAUAAAAAAGUAUACAGAAGAAAAAACAACAAAAAAACACACACUUUCAUUUGUAUAUUACAUGGUCCCACUCAUGUUUUGAUUAAUAGGGUAAUGGUAGAUUUACAUGUUAAUUUUGCCUAAGGUAUUGGUAGAUUUACAUGUUAAUUUUACCUAAGGUAAUGGUACAUUUAUGUGUUUAUUUUACCUCCUAACUUGCCAAUUGUUUUGUGCUAUUUUAUUUAAUGUGAAUUUGUCACUAUAAAUAAAAAGAAAAAUAUAUUUGUGGGCAUUUUUUAUAGAGUCUGUCAUACCUUAAAGGUCCAGUUUUAAGCCUUCUUUAAGUGAUAAUUAGCCAAUGAACAAUACACAGGAAAUUUGGCAUCCUGUUAAGACACCUGGCCCCAAUAUCAAAAAUACUUAAGUCAAAUCUCUAUCUCAAUAUCAACUCAUUUUACACCAUAACCUCAAAUUGGGAAAAAAUCUUUAAAAAAAUAUGUUUUUACACUUUUCAAAUUCUCUCAUAGAAUAGAAUGUUGAUAUUUGACAGCAAAAAAUGUAAUAAGUACAACUUCUUUUUUUUAGAAAUUACUUAAGUACAAUUUUUGCUCUAAGAUUAGUUUUCAUUAAAAUACUGACAACAGGUUUUUAUCAACACAUUCUAUGUGAAAAUAAGUUUUUAAAAAAAUUAAUAGUAAAAGAAAAUAAACUUUUUCAAUCUUAUUAUUCUUUUAUGCUGUCAAAUGAGUUCAGAUUUUAUUUGAGAUUUGACUUGAGUAUUUUCGGGAUAUUGGGGUCAAUAAACAGGGGAUACUUUUCUAGGGAAUAGCAAGAAAAAAAUAUAUGUUCCUUUUAAUAUAGUUUAAGACUAGGCUUUAAACAUGAUAUUCUUGUAAAUCAUAAUUCUAACAAAUUGCAUUUUGAAUUGUAAUUUGUAGGUGAAAUGAAUAUUUUAAAUCGGUCAUAUAUAAUAUCAUACUUACAGACAUAUAUUUAUUGUUGUAUCUCAUCAAAUAAUAAUUAUUUCUGUGCUACAUAAAUUACCAUGUCAUGUAAAUCCAAUUACAUUCCUUGUUCCUGGAACCAUAAGGCUAGGGGUCUAUCAACUUCAGCUGGUCAGGCCCAGUGCACCUGGGCGACCACUUUAAAUUGAUCAUUUUUCCAAAUUAUGUUUUGUCCAAUAGGUUGGAAGUAAUUUUCAAAUCUGACCUACUAUUUUUUGGUAAAUCAGCAGUCAGUCAUUAUUAAUUGUAAUCAGGUGAAUUGGUAGAUUUCAACAGAGGCUGGGUCAGUAGACAAAAUAUAAUCUCAAACACUAAGCUGGUUGAAGGGUUGAUAGUGUGCAUUAACAAAUAAGUAGGCUGAGUGUCUGCGACAUCCAAGCCCGAUUGUUUUGGUAAAUGCAUACUUUUAAUCUUUAACAAUUACUAAAUGAAUAUGAGCAAACAUUAACCAUUUUAAUAUUCAAAAUUAUAUUUUGUCUACUGGUCCAGUCUGUGUUUUAAUAUAUGAAAGUAGAUGCAUUAGAUAUAUUAAAGUAGUAUUUGUUAGUAGAUAUAAUAAAGUAGUAUUUGUUAAUGCACACUAUCAACUCUUCAAGUCAGUCAAGGCUGACUGCUGAUUUAUAAACAGAAAUGUGAGGCAGAUUUGAAAAUACUGCCAGCCCACAAAGUAUACCAUAAUUUCGAACAUAAAAUGAUAUUUUUGUAUGCAUAGUCAAGUUUGUAGUGUUGUUUUAGUUAUAUAUAAUAACAGAAAUCUGAGUGGAUAAACUUGUCAGUUCAAACCACUUUUGUGUCUUGAAUAUUUAUGUUUUCUUCAAAAGAUCUCAACAAUAUUUUUUCAUUCUUUUGUAACACUAUCAAAAAAAAUUUCCUUCGUAGAUAAUUAGAAAAGGCUUCUUAAUAUUUGUUUGGUAAAAAUAACAUUUGUCUAGUCUUUUAAGAAAUUAAAAUAAGUUCAAGUAUCUGUUGUAUUUAAAGAAUUUCAUUUGUAUACCGUAAAUGACUUAUAUUUGACUGAAAGUUUAUAAUUGUUUUGUUUUUCUGUUCUUGAACAGUAGUUUAGUAUUUCUCUUGUGAUGUGUAUUUAAUUUCAACUAGUGUUAGUACCAUCACAUUGCAAAAAAAAUACAUAAAGGUUAAUAAUGUUUCAUUUUAUUAUCCUUUAAAAUAAUUAAUAAAUGAACUUCACAUAGCUGUAGAAAUAAUCAGUUUCUACUUUUUAAGACAAUCUUUCUCAUUAUGUUAACAUACUUUGCAGAAUUAGAAAGGUCAUUUUAAGGUCAUGUGUAUUAUUCUUAUUAAGCACUGUGCAUUUAAUGUAAUAAUUAUUAUUUAUUGUUUCUUCACUAAACCAUUUAUUAAACUUUAAGCCACGCGUAUAUCCCGGCUCACAUCUGUAGUAUAUAAUAAUAUACAAUGUAUGAUACUAUCUGGUUCUGUGUUUAAAAUUGUUUAUAUUCCUGGAUAAUAUGCUUAGAAUCUGUGUAUGGAAGGUGUUGUUUUUAUAAAAGAGGGAAAACUUGGUAUGUGUCUGUACUAUGUACUAUGUAUUGUUGCUUCAGCUCCCUAAUUCUUUACCAUAUGUUUGAGGGUGUUUUCACUUUUCUGUAACUUACCUUUUCACUAACUGCUCAUAAUAUACUAGUAGAUCAUUUCUGUACAGACUGUUUCUCUAACUGUCUUCCCAGUUAGUGUACAUGGCUGUCCUUGUUUUCAUUUUUGUGUUUAUUGCUGUAUCAUUUCUAAGUGACUCCAUUAAUUUUGAGAAAAAUAAUAAGUGAUAUGUGAGACGGGUCAGUUUAUGUGUAGGUUUUAACCUUGUUACAUAUAUAAGCUUGUAAUGACGUAAAAAACUUUAAAAUGAUGUAUCAUAUGAUUAUACAGUAAUAAUAAAAGUGAUACCAAUACAAACCAUUACCACUCCAAAACCAUACCACUACAAACUGUUACCACUCAUAAGUUGUACCAAUUCAAACUCGUACCACUCCAAAAUCAUACCACUACAAACUGUUACCACUCCAAAUUGAUACCAAUUCAAACUUGAACCACUCCAAAGUUGAACCAAUUCAAACUUGAACCACUCCAAAGUUGAACCAAUUCAAACUUGUACCACUCCAAAGUUGAACCAAUUCAAACUUGUACCACUCCAAAGUUGAACCAAUUCAAACUUGUACCACUCCAAAGUUGAACCAAUUUAAACUUGUACCACUCCAAAGUUGAACCAAUUCAAACUUGUACCACUCCAAAGUUGUACCAAUUCAAACUCGUACCAAUCGAAAGUCAAACCAAUUCAAACUUGUACCACUCCAAAGUUUUACCAAUUCAAACUUGUACCACUCCAAAGUCAUACCACUUCAAACUGUUACCACUCUGAAGUCGUACCAAUUCAAACCCCUCCACUCUGAAGUUGUACCAAUUCAAACUUGUACCACUCUGAAGUUGUACCAAUUCAAACUUGUACCACUCAAAAGUCAUACCACUAAAAACUGUUACCACUCUGAAGUUGUACCAAUUCAAACCCCUCUACUCUGAAGUUGUACCAGUUCAAACUGGUACCACUCCAAAAUCAUACCACUACAAACUGUUACCACUCUGAAGUUGUACCAAUUCAAACCCCUCCACUUUGAAGUCGUACCAAUUCAAACUCCUCCACUCUGAAGUCGUACCAAUUCAAACCCCUCCACUCUGAAAUUGUACCGAUUCAAACUCCUCCACUCUGAAGUCGUACCAAUUCAAACUCCUCCACUCUGAAGUGGUACCAAUUUAAACUCAUCUACUCUGAAGUUGUACCAAUUCAAACCCCUCCACUCUGAAGUCGUACCAGAAGUCGUACCGAUUCAAACUCCUCCACUCUGAAGUCGUACCAAUUCAAACUCCUCCACUCUGAAGUCGUACCGAUUCAAACUCCUCCACUCUGAAGUCGUACCAAUUCAAACCCCUCCACUCUGAAGUCGUACCAAUUCAAACUCCUCCACUCUGAAGUCGUACCAAUUCAAACCCCUCCACUCUGAAGUCGUACCACCAAUUCAAACUCCUCUACUCUGAUGU